AUGGAAAUGACUGAAGGUAAGAUUACACCUGCAGGCGAAUCGGACCAACUCCUGGAAAAAAUCUGCAACCUGAAGUUGCUAGCGAGAGAUGUGCUUCUGGAAAGUGAUCUGGAUAAUGAAGGUACAAUGGAUUAUGCGCUUAGACUGAUCUCUUUAACAAAAGAGCUGAGCGGAUCUCUCAGCCAGCAGCUGGAGAACAUUACUGAAGGUAUUCAAGACACCUGCCGCUUGCUGAGUGCUCUUCGUGGCAAACACAAGGAAUUGGCUGCAAGUCCAGAGUACAAUGGAAUUAUAGAUUGUCUGCAGAAAGUGAACGAUUAUUUGAUAAAUACAGUCUCACACCUUCAAGAGGCGGAAAAUAAACUUUAUGCUGCUAGCUGCAGACAAGAUGGUGGUUCUCAGAUCCAGACUGCUCAAAAUGCUUCUAGAGAAACAGAUGUGUGUUGUUCUGAAGGAGAAGCAACAGAGUCUGUGCAAGCAUCUUCUAGUCCCAGUCAGCUAUCCCAAAGAACUCCUUCCCUGCACAAUGUGGAAAGUCAGAAUGUUAAUCAAAUCCAGCCAAGUGAGACUAAAACUGUGGAAAAAGACAAUGUUGCAUCAUUAGCUGAAAACGUAUCUGCUCGAGAACAGGAUAUUAACAGAGAACCUCCAAUGAAAAAGGAAGAUGGUGAACACAGACUACUAAUGAACUCUGUUACAGAGAAAAAAGACUGCAAUGGAAAGGAUAAACCUCAUGCAGGUAGCUCUGUUGCUGAAAAGUCUCCAGAACUGGCUUUUCAAGAUGCUUUUCUGAGCAGCGAGAAAGGCAUUCUAUCUGAGACAUCGAAAUACAUUUAUGACAGAACUGUCAUGAACAUUUCUGAGCAGGAAAAAAAGGCAGUAGCCAAAGAAUCUUCAAAGGGAGUAGAAAGCGAAGAACAUAGACUGACAGAGCAAAUGGAAGACAGUAAAAUAGAAAUAAAUCAUGAGAUUUGUAGGAAUGACCUAAUUACCUUCACAUUUUCAGCACAAACAUGUGAUCUUACUGCUGUGAAUGAUCCAGAACAUGUACAAAAAUCUAGGCACUGGAUGAACAAAGAGUUUGUAGUGGAAGACAGUGGUAAGAACAAACAUGAAGUAACUUGUUUAAUUAAAGCCCCUGCAACUGCUUUGGAGAAUCUGAAGUGUAAGAUAGUCAAUGACAUUAGUUCCUUGGUGGUGAAUGAUUCCGAGGAGCUGGUCAGCAAUGUCAUCAGUAUUGAAUGCUCUGAUGAGAAAACAAUCCCUUUCCCUAUCAACCUUGCAAUUCCAUUUACUUCAUGCUUCAGAGGAAAUUAUCGGGAGAUUAUGGUGAAGGUGACUGACGUGAACUUUCAGUCAAAAUACUUAACUCCUGUUUCUUUUGAAGGAAACCAUAAGGAUAUUUUUGCAGAAGUGAAAAUUUAUCAGCUGGGUGUUUUUUCUGUAUUGUCAUGCUUAAAGAAAGAAACAUUUACUGUUCCAAAGGUAGGAGUCUCACAAAAGCUGAGCGUGGAUUCUAGAAUCUCUUUCUGUUACCAUCCAGGAACAUUCAGUUCUCCAGCACCCAUGCAGUUAAAGAUUCAGCCAAUUGAACCAUCAUUGGUUUCGACGUUGAAAGCAAGACACGAUAUGUAUCACUCAGUGGUAUCUACUAGUGCACUGGUUUAUGUCCAGCAUCCUUCAGCCCAACCAUUUAACAGCUCAGUCACUGUUACACUACCCUGCCCUCCAAACCCAGAAAAAAAAAGGCAAGCAGAUGAGAUGGAACACACAAGAGCCAUUAGUGCUACAGUAAAGAGGGUUGCUACAGCAUACCAUCCUCGGGCUAUGAGUGCUUCUGUGAGAAAAAAUGGAGAUAAUCUCAGCAAUUCUUUGAAAUUAUUGGGUCACAGAAACAAAGAGGAGGGGUGGAAAGUGUUUGAUGAUGUUAUUAUCCAGAAUACACGGAAUGGGCUUGUAUCAUUUGAACUAAAUGAGCAUUUAGAAAGGUUUGUGGUCAUUCGCCUUUCAUUCCUCUUGGAAAACACUUAUCUUCUCCUCUUUGCUCAUGCUCUGGAAGAAGCAAUUUGUAGCACAAUGGCUAACGUGAUACUGUAUCGGAAAAGAGAAAACCCAUAUAAAAUAGUAGUUUUGCUAUCUGCAUCCAAAGAAUUGACCUGUGAAAUUCAAAAUCUCCAUAAAGAGGGCUACUUUGGUCCCCCAGAACCUACACAGCAGUUCCCAUUAAGAGAAGGAGACCAGAUUCAUUUUAGUUUUAUAGGCAAUAUUUUUGCUUCAGAGAAUGGAAAAGAUUUUGGAAAAGUCUACAGGCUGAUUUUUCAUUCCCAAAGAAAACCCAGGCUGGAGCUCCAAAUUAAAGAAGUGGAUGAAUUCGGUAACCACAGUUCACCUCAUUACAAAGGAACAGCAGUGUUUUAUAAAAUUACCAGAGCAAUGAUAACCAAGAAAUGGGAACAAUCCUUUCCAUAUGAUGAAUAUCAACACCAGUCUCCACUGUGUAAGUUAGCAGUAACAUUACCAAAGGUGGUCACUGAUGGAGCAGUUCUGACCCGUCAACAGUGUACAAACAACCUCAGAAUUUCUUUUAGCAGGUGGGAGCGAAUCUCAUCCAAGCUCAAGCGUGGAAAAAAAUAUUUAGCAGAAAUUUUUCACCCAUUUUCUCUCUCCGAAUGGUAUGGCCCUGACAAAUUAUUACUUAAGUUUCAGUUAUAUACUUCUUGUAUCCUUGUGUUGGGCGUGCAGAACUGCAAAUUGUAG